AUUUUAUAUAUAUCCUUUUAUACUGAAUCUAUUAAUGCAUUAGCUUUGAAUGUAGCACAUUGAUCGCUUAAUUUGUUUGGUGAUCCAACGAGCCAAGUUUUCACUCUUAACUUGUGUUUUAUGACCGUCAGCAUUCAUUAUUUAGUCUAACAGACGGUCAGCGGGGCUGUCCAUCGUGCCAGACGCAUCCAAAAAGACUGGUGCUGGAACAUAUAGCUACUCAGGACGUGGACAAAAAUUAUGCAAACUGCCAAAUAAUCAAAUAAUUAUUUAAUAUCUAAUUUACAAUUAUAGGCUAACACUUAUUUUUAAAAAUACGCUGAUUUGCCCUUAAACACCGACUUUAAAACGUAACAAACAGAAUUGUUUCUUAUUAAUAUUUUAUUUGCCAGUCAUGAACGUGAAUUAAAACGUCGAAAUGUUAUUUGACAAAUGCACACACCGAAGCAUUUAUAUAGGCUACAUUAAUUUAAAUUAAGGUAACUUACAUAGUCAACAACAUUAUCUCGACCUUGAGAAUUUUACUCAAUCCAAUAGACAAAGAUUGUUUAAUGAAAUAUUGGAAUUAAUUUAGAAUUUGACAAAUAUUAAAACACCUUUCUGAUACUAAGCACAUAAAUUCAAAUACAUUUAGUAUUCAUGUACAUGCAUUAAUACAUUUGCAAAGACAUUAAAUUUAUAGUUCGAUUGCCAAUUUGCAAAAACAAAAAUAUGCUUCAUUUAAAGCACUGCAAUAUAAUUUGAUAUACUCACAUAUCCAUUCUGUCAGACCUAUCUAAUUAGAAUAAACACAAUGCAAUGUAAAUAUGAUUUAAUAUUUCAACAGAUAGAUUAACAUAUAAUUAAUAUUACAUUUAACAGUAUCCGUAAACAUACAUCCUCGAUAGAUUUCGAUGUUCAGCUCGUGGGAAACGAUGAAGAUUUUUCGUUCGUGGUGGAAAUGUGUAGGAAGGAGAGGGUAUUUUUGAAGAAUGCCGACACCCACGUUCUUCUACACACAAUAGCUCCUGUGUAGCUGCAAAAACACACGUUUUUUCUCUUACAAUCAAUAUGUAAUCCUAUUCAUUCCCAACCCUUCGAUAAAGGCUGACUUUCCAGAAACGAAAAUCUAAAAACAAACGAGGUCCGAAAUAACGCUGGUCCAUUCGAAGCACAUCCGGUAUGAAAUUAUGGUCAAGGCCAAUCCUUUAUUCGGAAAAUAUCACUUUUGUAAUUUUAAUUUACAAAAUGGAGAAACUCUCAACCGUGAGUACUACGUUGUUCUCUUCUUCCUGGCCACAUAUGAUCUAAGGGAGUGUUAGAUGGUUUAAAUGUGUUCUUAGGGCACUAAGCUGUCAGACCUUUUGGCGUGUAAGAUUGAUAGCGUGCAGGCUUCCAGGGCUCUUUGUUUGGAAUAUAAGCAAUAAAGUGCUCGAGGCCUACACCUACUUAGCUAAAGACUUCUGAGGGCAACACAGAAGACACAUUCUUGAACGUAAAAAAAACUAUUAGAUUUACUAUUUUAUUUUACAUUAAUUUACAUUGUGUGUGCCUGUUAGACGGUAUACGCCGUUCUUACGAAUUAUGGAGCUCAAUUCAAGAUACAUACUAAAAUGUGUAGUGUUAUUAUUUACAUACUACAAAAUGUAGGCCUAUUCUAUUUCGAAUGAAUGUAUCGAAUGUAUAAUAAGAAGUUUCAGAAAUUCUGCAUUGAAUAUUAACGAUGCUAGUUGCACUACUAGUAGAAGAAUGUAAUAAAAAAAUCAGAAUUUAUAAGUUUUAUAAGUUCAGUCAUUUAAAAAUAACUAGGCUACAAUGUCCCAUAAACAACACUAUAAUACACAUGCAAGCCUAAUGCUUCAGUGCGCGUGUGAACACGCGGGCGCGCCAGGGCUUUCAAAGAACUUGUCUGCGCGCAAUGUGUGCGCGCGUACUCUCUCGCGCGCGUUUGCUCGUGCAUUCACAAACGAGAGCGCGCAUUCUCUAAGAAAGUAGUAAAAACCCAGACUCAGGAUUAAUGGGUUUCCUCGAUCGUGGCUAUUGGUGUGUUUUAUGUGUCCAGUUGAUGUGUUAAGGGAUCUUCAGCCGAGGGCCGGUCAAACAAUAAGGGAAAAACAGCAGACGGACCCACUGUCACUCUGUUUCAGGUACUGGCUAUACUUACAAUCUACAGAGCAGUGGGCAAACUGACCAUAAAUGCGUAAAUAAACUAGCCCGUCCCAGAGAGUGAGGCGUUCCUCUCGGACUUUUUUCGAUCAAUCACACAGACAGUGGCUCCUUUUGAUUAAACCCCAAAUUGUCAUUGGACAGAGGUAAUCAUGUGACAAGCAAUACGGUCCAAUUUCAACCUUGUCUCCAUGAAAGCAAUAGUUUAAUGGCACCGCGGUCCCCAUACGGCCGUAAUCAGCAAAAUAGUUUUUUUUAACCCGGCACGAUAUUUCAUUAUAUCUUCCUUGGGUCACAAAUUUGUGAGCGGCGAAUUUGCAAGACUUGGAGGAGAUGAAUUACGAAUUCGAGCGAGAGACGGGUUUUAUCAAUAGUCAGCCGUCGCUCGCUGAGUGCCUGACAUCUUUUCCCCCUGUCGGUGAUGCAUUUCAAAGUUCAUCAAUCAAGAGCUCGACGCUUUCACACUCGACACUGAUUCCUCCUCCUUUUGAGCAGACCAUUCCAAGCCUGAACCCCGGCAGCCACCCUCGCCACAGCCGGCCCAAGCAGAACCCUAAUGGCUCAUGCCCGCUGCCUGCCGCAUCCUUACCCCCAGAGUACCCUUGGAUGAAGGAGAAAAAAGCAUCCAAGAAAAACCAGACAACUUCGACAGCAACAACCACCGACCCUGGUCCACUAUACUUCUCCCCUCAAGGCUCGCCUGAGAUUUCUGAUGGUGGCAGUGGGGCAACUCGCCGACUCAGAACGGCGUACACUAACACUCAGCUGCUGGAGCUGGAGAAGGAGUUCCACUUCAACAAGUAUCUCUGCCGACCAAGGCGUGUGGAAAUCGCCGCUCUGCUGGAUCUCACCGAGCGGCAAGUCAAAGUUUGGUUUCAAAACCGGAGAAUGAAACACAAAAGGCAAACGCAGUGUAAAGAAAACCAUAACGGCGAUGGAAAACCACCGAGCCUGGAGGAGGCUGGCGGACGGGGUGAUGGGAAAUCUUUUUUCGAACAAGUGGCAAACAAUGUAUCAGGGGCGCUUUUGGAAAGAGAGGGUUAUCCAUUUCAGCAGAAUACCUUAACUUCUCAACAGUCACAGAAUGGACACAAUAGUGAUUCCCAAAGCGCAACUGUCUCGCCUUUAGGUAGCAAUGACAAACAUCUGAAACAUUUUCCCAACCCGUCACCCACUGUUCCUAUCUGCGCCUCAACAAUGGCCCCGGAUUGUGCAUCUGCUCAGGACAAUGGCAGUCCCUCGGCCCUGGACGUCUCUUUACAGGACUUCAACGUUUUCUCCAAUGAUUCUUGCUUGCACCUCUCAGAUGCCGUGUCCCCAAGUUUGUCAGAAUCUGUAGACAGCCCCAUUGGUUUAUCUUCGGAGGCCUUUGAUUUCUUCUCCGAGACGCUUACAACAAUCGACCUGCAACACUUGAGCUACUAACUCUAACUGAAGUUUCAUUAUAGGGACGUCAAUAUUUUCUCACAUUGAUGGUCUGUGUGUUUAAUUGUGACUUUAAAAAUAGGCCUAGACCAUUAAUCACUGAGGUAAGUUUUUCAAUAAUCGAGUGAUAAUUUUUGUGUACAGAGAAAAUAUGGCAGGAAAUAAGUGAUAUUUUUCACGUUUUAUUUUUGUAUCGCUCACCGGCAAAGCGCCAUAUUUUCAUAGAAUAAAUUUGUACUUGUUAUUGAAAAUAACAGCGGUGUUAUUUAUUUCUUCAGUAUUCCGAUUAAGAAAUAAGAGGUUUGUUAUUAAACAUGAGGUAAGAUUCAAAGUAUACCUAUAUUUUUACUAUCCUAUUAACUAUUUUGCUGAUUUAUUAUGCUAAUGUUUUGUGUAAGUACCUGUUACACGAGGAUUAAUGAAUUUUAUCGUCAUGUUUCGAGGGACAAAAUUGGAUAUUUAUAUGGAUGCCAAAUGUACCGGUAAUCAAAACUAAUACAUGUUCUUGGAAACUAUUUGUGCGCAAAAUUAAUACGCAUUUAAUUUUGUUUUACAUUCUUUUUAACGUAAAAAUUAAUCUUUGUUAAUUUCCCAGUAGCGUAGUUGGCGUUAAAUUUAGAUUUUAACUGUAUAAAAUUAAUCCAGUGGGAAGUUUUAGAUGCUAUCAAAUUUGUAGACUAAAAACAGAAUACAUCAAGAAAGAGAUUGAUGUCUUGAUGCUGCGUACACAAAUAAGCCCUUUACUGUAUCUGACGACACAGGGAAUCUCCUGGCCAAGAGCUAUAACGUUUUGGAGUUCAGCAAUUAAAUUUUAUUGCCUAUUAAACCUUCGACAGGGGGUUGGUGUUGAGGCAGCACUCCACGUAAUUCAAUCCGCCGCUGAGAACGAGAACGGUAUUGAACAGUGAAACCACAUUUUUAAAAAAUAAUUAUUUAGCUUAUAUAAUUUAUGAUAAUUAUUUAUUUAACACAUUGUAUAGAUUGAGAUGUGAUUAAUGUAGGCUAACUGUGUCCCAAAUCAGACCAGUGCAGCUAAUAACAAGAGUCAAAUAAACUAUCGCUUUAUCAACAGGCAACGACGCAAGGAAUGAUCUGAUAAUACAGGAUAAACAAAGACUUAGGUCUGCUACUAAUAUUUAAAAUAUCGAUAGGCUACUUUUUAAUUCCAAAUAACCUACUAGGCCAUCUGAAUUAAUAGCUAAUAAACGAUCUAAUUGCUUCGGCCCUGGUGUCUCUCAAGAUCUAUGUUAACUCUAUAGGCCUAUGUGUCCUCUUGGACUAAUUCGAUUGAUAUCCGCUCGUUGUUACAGCCGUAAAAGAACUCAGUUUUAAUCUUUAUCGACAAGGCAAGAUCUUGGCAAACGCUUUUCACUUUUUGCACAAUAAAAAGCCUGUCAACUCCGGUUCUAUAGUACACGUAAGUUUAACGGACACAUUAAGGUAGCCUAUAAUUUAUUUUUCAAAAUACAUAAGUAGUUUAACCACGAUUAUUUCUUAUCCGUGGCUGGUGUAUCCUGUUUAACAAUUAGGGUGACUCGAAUAAUUUUUAAUGCUAUAUACAGGCCUACACGAUGAAGUACAAGUUUCUGUUCCUGUAGAAAAUUGUGAGGAUACCAAUACAAAACUUUAUAUGAAACAAAAUAAGUGGUACCUCGAGAAGAGUGUUAAGUGAAAUCUAGCUAGGAUAAUUUCCAAACAUCUGACGCCACGUUGCAAUUGCAGCGUAAGUGUUGAAAUGGAAAUGAGGCCUACCAGCCAGGAGCUCACACCGCACAGCGGCAUUUGUUAGAGACGCAUGCUCCGAGUCCUAGUAUUAAGUCAGGCUAUUUACACCUACACAGUGUAGGACUGAUAUUAUAUCACUACGGUAAACCUAUCGGCAUAUUAUGUCUUCAAUCGUGGUCUGAGGGCUUUUCAGAUAUUAUCAAAGUAGGUUUUAAAUCCUCUAAUCUUCCAGUUAGUUUAAUAAAUAAGGAUUAUAAUAUUUAAACUAUUAUUUAAAAAAAAAUAAAUCCUACACAAUGAGAUGUGUAGGCAACAGAAACUUGUUCGGAGCUCUACGGGCUUAGCGCCAAAUCGAGGCUGAACAAAUAGUUUGACUGACGUCCUUUGACGAAACCAAACACGUGAUCGGCAUUCUUUAACCAGGUUAAAGACUGAGUUAAGAUUUGGCACAGAGAAGCGAUCCAAAUCCAGCUAACUACCCAAGAAAGAUUUUUAUAUUCUUUGAUGUUAGUCAUUUAGACACUGCUAGACAAAAUGCACUGAAUAAAAAAAAGUAACGUGUUGCUCAAAAUGUCAUUGUAACCUUUUUACAUCUGUACACACCAAUAUUUGAAAUAUAUCACAUGUAUUUUGGAUGUGGAAGUCAGCUCUUUCACAGCUAUUGUAAGAACCCCAGAUUAAAUGCUGAGGUUGUAAAAUAUAA